AUGUCUUGGACCUGUGCUGAAAAGAACCAAGAAGUCUUCAGCAAAGUGCAAAGUCAACCUCCUUCACCUUCUUCUGCAGGAACCAGGAGACUUUCCUCUUUCCUUACCAUUGGCUUGUUUAUCUUGGCUCUGCAAUGGGCAGACGGAGGAGCCUUCCCCACAAUACCACUCUCCAGUCUGUUUACCAAUGCUGUGCUAAGAGCACAGCAUCUCCAUCAGCUUGCAACAAAUACCUACAAGGAAUUUGAGCGUUCCUAUAUCCCAGAAGAGCAGCGAUACUCCAACAAGAAUUCUCAGACUGUAUAUUGUUACUCUGAAGCUAUCCCUUCACCCACGAGGAAAGAGGAAACUCAACAAAAAACAGACAUGGAACUGCUGAGGUUUUCACUGAUUCUCAUUCAGUCCUGGCUAAAUCCUAUACGGUUUCUAAGCAGGAUGUUUACAAACAGUCUUGUGUUUGGGACCUCCGACAGAGUCUACGAAAAACUCCAGGACUUGGAACAAGGUAUCCAAGUUCUUAUGAGGGAGGUGGAGGAUGGUACUUCCCAAAGCCUUCAGCUGCUUAGACCCAGCUAUGAAAAGUUUGAAUUCAAUCUCCGGAGUGAAGCUGCUUUGCUGAAAAACUACAAUCUCUUGUCCUGCUUCAGGAAAGACCUGCACAAAGUGGAGACCUUCCUGCGAGUGAUGAAAUGCCGUCGUUUUAGAGAAAUCAGUUGUGUCCCCUAA